ACUGAAAAUUCAUAUAGCACAGCACAGCCGUUGUCACUGUCAUCAACCAGUGAAACACCUCUCGGUUGCUAUCUGUCUAACUUUGAGAUUAGUGGAAUGGCUAUAGCAAGGGGAUCAAAGUCUUCUAAAUCAGUUACAGCGGACCAAUCAGAAAGCAACUUGGAAAAAGUCAUGAGCUACACAGCUCCAAAGAAGAAGACUCUGUUCCUCCCUACUUCUGAGCCAACUGUGAUGGGGGAAGGGGAGGAUUAUUUCCUAUCUUUGUUUGGCGACUCAAAGAAACUUAUUGCACACUCAUUCAAUACCAGGAGAAGUUGGAAGCACUUUUCUAUGAUUCUUGAAGAAGUGGGCCCAUCUAGAUCCAGUGCUUUUGGAGACAUUAAAAUAGCGGAAGUGAAUGUUUUUUUUGUGAAGAUCAUUAACUCUUCCCCUAACCAAGAACUGGAGAUUGGAAAUCACAUUCUCCAGCAAAAUAUGAAUGGAAAACCAGAUUCUCUGUACCAUUUUCCUCCUAAUAUCACAAUGCAGGCCAAUUCCACGGUAACAGUCUGGACGGCAGCAUCUGAAGGAAAGCAUCAGCCACCAUCAGAUUUUCUUUGGAAGGAAAAAGAGAAGUUUACAACAAGCCCACAUUGUACAACCAUCCUGUGCAAACCUAAUGGUGAGGCCGUUGCCUGGUGCACUCCUAUUCACUGGAAGCAAGCAUGGGAGAAAUUAGAGACUGACAUUGAAUUUCACAGAAGCUCAGUAGUAAAUGCAGCAUCUCAAAAGCACAUGUUUCAUUGGCCAAAAGCUACAACUACAGCUAAAGAAACACUUCAUCAAUCUGAUACUGAUAUCGCAAACUACCAGAUGGAACAAAUUCCGGUUUUUCUUAAGAGAGAAAAAGAAAUCCCACCAGCUCUUUUCAUGAAUCGUAGCCCUUGGUGCCACAGUCCCGCUAUCCCUGCACAUCCCUACUGUCCUCUGAUUGAACCUCACAGUCCCGGCAUGUAUGAAAGCAGCUUAAAUACUCUUCCCAGGCCUCAGUCAGCCAGGCCUAAAGCAGACAUGGAAGCCCAGGAAUCUAUUAAAUUUGGUGAAAAAAUGUGUUCCGCCGUCAUGUUUUCUGCGGAGAGAUUCAUAGAGGCUCAUCAGAUACUCCCACAAGUUGAGAACAAAUUAGAAGACCACCAUGACAGAUUCGAAGCUGUGGAGAAAGGCCAUUUCAUACAGUAGCCCUACCUUGGUUAUCUAUCACAAACACUUCUAAAUGUUUCAAUUUCCUGAAGGUUUCUGUUCUGAAUGAGGACAAUAAUUAACAGCAAAAGCCAUUUCCCCACCAUGCUACCUGGAGAUGACCUUCGGGGCCGCCCCAGCAGUGGAUUUUGGGCAUAUCUUGUACAUAACUUUGUGGUUGUGGAGUUCAUUUGCACAGGGACAAUUUCCACCUCUGUAUAUAUCUGUACACACUUGCUGAAGCGAAAAGCAAACUUAAAAGAACUUAAAAGAGAGAGAAUGCUUUUCAGAGACCCUUGCAAAGUCAGAACUGUGUAAGUAUUUAUAUAAGAAGCCACUUAAUGUCUACUUGACUGAUGAGCCCUUAAAUUGCAGUAAGACUGCAGCUGAAUAGGAAGUAAAGUGUUUUUAAAGAUGAAGAGAGACAAUAUUCCUGGGAGUCAGCAUUAUACGCCAUCCAUGCCAACAAGUCAUCUGGAGGUCCUUCUGAGUGGCAUUUCCAAGGCUGGCUUGAGGGAAAUUGGAAGCAGACCGAUUUGACUGCUGACCAAUCAGUUUCCCUCUAGGAGCCCCAUUCCCCCAGCCCCUUCCUUCUGUCACCCCACCCCCAGCCCAACCACACACACCCCUUUGGCUUCCUGUUCUUUUUCCCUUUCUUGCUUUCAGCUGGAUGACAUUAAAUUCAACCUUUUCCAAACUUUUCAAUAAAUGCACAUAAAGCAGCGAC